AUGUAUCGAUGUAUAAUUCCUCCACGUGUGUGGUUAUCAAUUGGAUUAGGCCUUCUAAUAUUCGGUUUAGUUUUGGGAUGGAUUUCGUUGGCCGUACCUGAUUGGCUUCAAUAUCAUGAAAGUAAAAAUUUGAAUCAAGGUGCAUCAGAUGAUAUGAGAAAAUUUGGACUUUGGAAUAAUUGUACAUUCAAUACGCGAUUAAAUGAUUAUGACUGUUCAUCGUGGAACGGAAAUGCACCAAGUUUUGUACGUGUUACUCAAUCUCUAAUUCCAAUUGGUCUAAUAUUAGGAACAGUAUCAUUAUUAGCAGCAUGCAUCGCUUUUACCUCUCGUAAAGUAUUUAAUGCGAGUGCGUUGUUUGCUGCUCUAUUUUCAUUUUUAUGCUUUGCGUUUGUAAUAAUCGGUGUCACUGUAUUUGCUACAGAAUCGUUAGCAUUUACCGAACGAUUCCAUACAAAUUCAAAUUCACGUCGAUAUGGCAUGUGGCUAAUGAUACCAUGUUUAAUAUUCUCAUUUAUAGCUGCACUAUGUUUUGUUGUUGCUGCUAUUUUAAAUUGGUAUGAUUAUAGGAGCAUGAAAGUAACUGGGAUAUUAAAUCAUAGUGCGGAUAAAUUUGGCAGUGUACUUAAAACACCAUCGGAUAGUAAUAUGACUGCUCUCAAACAUCAACAGCAACAAUUAGUUCAAGCAAAGCCGCUAAUGCUCCCCCAUCAAUAUCCUGAUACGUGUUAUCAACCUGGUGCUUUGCCAAGCUAUCCACCACCGAGUUAUGUGCCACAAUUAAAUGGUGCUAUUAAUCCAGCAUUCCAUCGUGGACUAUAUGGUUAUUCUCGACCGCCAAGUCCUAAUGCAAAUCUUAUGUUUAAUCUCGAUUUGAAUCAUCAUCGGCAUUACAUGACUGAGAAUUCUGAUCUUGAAGAAAUUCCAAAAAUUAAUCGGUCAAGAAAACGGUCUCGAUCUCGUCGUCAUUCUACUCAUCGUUCGAGAUCACAUAGUCCACGUGAAAAUAACAACAAUGGAAAUAACCAUAAUCGUCCUCAAUACAUUCCUAUUCCCAUACCCUAUUAUCAACCGCAACAGCAACAAGCGCAAUCUUCACAUAACACAACAGCUCAACAACAACAGCCACCGAUGCCUUACGUUAUUCAAGCAUCAAAUCAGAAACAACCAACCCAAUACAUCGAAGAAAUAGCACAGACAAUUCCUCAAUCAAGAAUUUUAACAGAGGCAAAAGGCAAUGUUCUUACUUAUCCCGCAUUGACAAACGGUCCAUUAUUGAUGAAUGGAAAUCCAAUUCAACUCACUAAUUGUGGACAAACUCAACAACCCGUUUAUGCUAUAUCGUAUCGUACGAAUAAUUCAUCUAUGAUUCCUUCAAAUGGUCAGCAAAUAGCAAUAACUACGGGUCCACCAGCGACACCCUACGUAACAACGGCUGUUAAUCCUUCAAGAGGUAUGUAUGCGUAUUCACAAACAAAUACUGAACAAAUUAUAGAAAUAACAUCCGAAGAUGAAGAAAAUACAAUACAACAAACACAACAACAAGUGGGUGUACCAGCCAGAAGGAGAGAUCAAAACAAAUCAAUUAAUGAAGCAUGGACAUGGCGAAAAUUAUAA